GGAAAUCAGGCGAGGCGGGCCAUCAGGGCGAGGCGGGCAGCACGGGUCUGCCCGGCCUGGACGGCGUCAAGGGGGCCCGGGGUCCGAGCGGGCUUCCGGGGGAGCGCGGCCUUCGUGGGAAACAGGGCCUGGAGGGCAGUGCCGGCAAGGCCGGAGACCCCGGGCCGGUCGGCUAUCCCGGCUUCACCGGUCCGCCCGGCGAGGCCGGGCAACAGGGCCCUCAGGGCAAGGAGGGCGAACUGGGCCCGAUGGGGGAGAUUGGCCCCCGCGGGCCCGCCGGUCUGAUUGGACAGGUCGGGGCCACCGGCGACACAGGACCCCUGGGACCCGUGGGACAGGAGGGCCCUCGAGGCAGGCCAGGACCGAAUGGAAAACGCGGCGUGCAAGGAGAACCUGGGCCGCAGGGCGAGAUCGGAUCGCCUGGAAGGCGAGGUCUACCUGGUCCAAACGGUGCCAACGGUGAACCCGGAAAGAGAGGCGCAUCUGGUGAGGCGGGGCAAAAUGGCAAAAACGGUCGACCCGGAAAAGACGGUGAAGUUGGCGCAAAGGGUGAGAAGGGGUCCCGCGGACCCCCUGGCCUUCAGGGGCCGCCCGGGCUGGAUGGACCCCCGGGGUAUCAAGGAGUCGAGGGUCCUCAUGGCUAUAAUGGGGCCGCUGGUGAUACGGGAUCAAUUGGGCCUAUCGGAGAUCGAGGCUUUCCGGGAGAUCCAGGAGACCCCGGACCAAUGGGCGAGAUAGGACAGCCAGGAGAGAUGAGUCCCACCGGACCUCAAGGGCCGCCUGGACCUCCUGGACCCCCUGGUCCACCUGGCUUCGUGACUCCAAUCCAGCGGUCUUUGGCGCGUACUAAAGGCGUGAUGUAUGGUGAUCAGGCGAAAGUGAUGAAAAAGCUGACCUCGGAGGACAUCAAACGACCAUUGGGCACCCGGGAGUUGCCGGCCAGGACGUGUGCAGAUCUGGCCAGUGUCUUUCCUGACAAGCUAAAUGGUACAAUUUCAGCAUUACACUUUGUAGGCUUGUAA